UGCAGGAAAUGGCCCGAGCGGAAUCGCCUUAUCGUUCCUGUUGUCCGGAAAUAUACCGUACGUUAUUUCAAAUUCUCACCCGGACGAAAUGCUAGCUGCGAGGCUGACUCCAGCUCUCGGCCAAUGUUUGCUUCAGCAGGACUUGGAGACGUUAUCUUCAGGCCUCGAAGGGAGGACGACGAAUCAGAUUUCUCUGCUGAUGGACGCCCUGCUACACCCAGGCGCCGAUAUCGGGUUGGAGAUGGAACCGCUGGUGGAGUUCAGGAAAACCGGUAAUAAGAUCGACCAUGUAGUAUUAGGCAAAGGACCUCCCGGCGGUUCUUGGCACAGAAUGGACCCUCAAAUCCUCACCCUUUCCUUAGCCAGUUGGAUGUCACUGCCAGGAUUACCAUUCCACUCUACAGAUUCGAGAGAAAAAAGGGCUUACGCCUGCGACGUUGCCAACUACUACGUGCAGUACACGGAGAAGAUGGAUUUGAACAAGCAUUUCAGGAACAACGUUCAAGUCACUUCUGCGGAGCCCGUGGACUGCGAAAACAAAUGUCACAACUUACAUUCAGAGAAAGCUAGGACGAGGAAGAACAACUGGGUGAAGAAGAUCAACAAGGAGAUAAAAGAGAGCGUAGAGGCUUGUAUCGAACCAGAAUCCGUUGAGAAUCGAGAGGAGUACAGGAGCUGCUUCAUAUCGAACGCAAUCAACUGUCUGAUGAUGAGGGGCAGACGAAAGUCUCGAUGUAAACGCUCGAAGGAGCAAAUGGUGGAUGAUAACCCCAUGCGGGUUAUCAAUCUAAAUCGGGGUCAAGAAAAGAAGCGUUCAAUUAGUUUUUGCUGUGAUUCUAGUAAUGUAUGUGAUAGGUACGAUGGUAAAUCGUUCAACGAUAGCAUUAAUAUUUACUCGCUAAGAAAUUCCUGUAGCCUAGACUACAAUUCUGUGCCUUUAUCCUAUAAUUUCCCCUGUUGUGAUUCUAAUUCGAACUGGAUCGUGAACGCCUUAGACGGCAACACUGGCGAGAAGAUUACUUAUAGUUGUAAAUACCUAGUUUUAGCGACUGGCGGGAACGAUCUGCCCAACAGACUGGACAUUUCCAAGAGUAAAAAAGACCCCAGCUGGCUGUUGUACGAUUCGAGUAGUCUGGAACAUAACUUGAAUUCUUAUGUGACUGAGAGAAAAGGGGGGGAAGUGGACCCCAUUUUGAUAGUAGGAGCCGGAUUGAGUGCGGCAGAUGCCGUUAUUGCAGCAAGGGCAAAGAAUGUUCCCGUUAUCCAUGUUUUCAGGAAUAAAUCGCCGGACCUCAAUAAACAACUUCCGGAGAAUUUGUAUCCUGAAUAUCAUAAG